AUGACCCGAACACCUGUUUCUGCCAAGAAGGCCCCGGCCGUGCCGUCGAAUUUGAUGAACCAGGCCAUUAUCGCCAAUGGCUUUGUCUUUACCUCCGGUGGAGUUGCCAUGGAUCCCGAGACCGGCAAAAUCAUUGACGGCGACAUUGAGGCUCAUACUCGUCAAAUCAUCCGUAACCUGGGUGCGAUCCUAGACGAGGCUGGGUCCAGCCUCAACGACGUGGUGGAAGUCAAUAUUUAUCUGUCUGACAUGAAAUAUUACGCCAAGAUGAACGAGGUGUAUGCCGAGUACUGGGGAGAUUUGAAGCCCGCUAGAACAUGUGUCGCUGUCAAGAGUUUACCUAUGAACGCCAACAUUGAGAUCAAGUGUGUAGGAAUUGUUACCAAACCAAAAUCGAAGCUUUGA